AUGGAGGCAGGUGUGAGGGGUGAAGGGGUAAAGGAGACUCCUCGGGUCUCCAGGGCAAGCGGUAGCAGCGGUGGGGCAGCGGCAGCGGCGGUGACUCUGCAUGCGGUGGUGGUGGACGUUCUGCUCGAGAUUCCAAGAAUUUUGAAUACUGGCUUAGAUGUGGAGACGCUGUCCAUUUGUGUACGGGUUUGUGAACAAGGCAUACCAGAAGUUUUAUCAUCAGUUGUAAAGGAACUUCGCAAGGCUGCUGAAGCACUAAAGGCUGCAGAAAACAUAAGCUGACUUUCUGGAGAAAUCCUACUAACACGUCAAGCACUGCGAGAGGAUUUGAAGACUGCAUUGUAGUCAAGAACGUACAAUGAAGUUACUGCACGCAGCGGCGUAGCAACAUUUUUUUUAAAGAAUUGUAAAACCGUAGCUGUAUGUAUCAAUGAAAAGCAGCUUACUCAGAGAACUAUCAGAUGUGUUUAUGUCACAUCUUAUUUUUCUAAACAGCUCCAAUGCUCUGGCAUUAUUACAGUGUUCAUAUCUACACAUUCUUUAUUUUUAGCUCUAGUAGCUUUAACUUUGAAGCUGUCUGUGGAUCAGGUGGGCACGUCCGCUGUGCCUGUUUGAAGGGGAGCGGAGCCCGUUAGGAGUCAUGUACCAGUUACGACUCGCUGACGUUUCCAUGAUAAACUUUAAAUUGUUCGUGCAGAAUAACUGCAUGUAUGUUGCACUGGACUGAAAGUUGACAGAAUUUCAACCACCAUUUGUGACUUUUGAUUUAGAGUCAUUAUUUAUAUCAGAAUCUUGUUUGUUUGUUUUCUUUUAAGGGCACAAAAACACUUCUUAUAAUCUGCUCUUCAACAAAAAAUAUAUCUUUUUUAAGCAUAAAGUUUGUCUGGCAGUUAAUAGUGAGAACCAGAUCAAUUUUCUAUUGGUUGAAAAAAUAAAACU